AAGUUUCCCAAGAAAAGGGACAAAUUCCAACAAAAACACAAGAAACAUGUUCCCGAAGUUAAAAAGAAAAAGUGGCAGCUAAUUGAUGAAGAGGUCGUUGAACUUAAAGGAAAAUAUUCAGAGAUAAAUACUUCAAAAGUUGAAAAGUUUACAGAUUUUCCUCUAUCGAAGCUGACAUUAGAAGGAUUAGCUUCUGCUAAAUAUAUUAAACCAACAGAUAUUCAGAGAGAAGCAAUAGGUUUGGCUUUACAAGGACAAGAUAUAUUAGGUGCUGCUAAAACAGGUUCUGGCAAAACUUUGGCAUUUCUAAUCCCAAUAUUAGAACAUCUAUACAGGGAGAAAUGGACACCAUUAGAUGGUAUGGGGGCUUUAAUUAUCUCUCCUACCAGAGAGCUAGCUUUUCAAACAUUUCAAGUUUUAAAGAAGAUUGGUACAAGCCAUGAUUUUUCUGCUGGAUUGGUGAUUGGCGGAAAGCAUGUACGAGAGGAAAAGGAGAGAAUGACAACUACUAACAUUGUAGUAUGUACACCAGGUAGACUAUUACAACAUAUGGGAGAAACAUAUAAUUUUACAGCCGAUUCCUUACAAAUAUUAGUGUUGGAUGAAGCAGACAGAAUAUUAGAUUUAGGUUUUGCUGAGACAAUGAAUGCUAUUAUAGAAAAUUUACCUUCUACCAGACAAACCUUAUUGUUCUCAGCUACACAAACCAAAUCAGUUAAAGAUUUAGCUAGAUUAAGUUUAAAAGAUCCUAUGUAUGUAUCAGUACAUGAACAUGCUAAACACAGUACCCCAGCAACUUUAGAACAAAGUUACAUUGUGUGUGAACUUCAUCAUAAAAUAAAUGUGUUAUGGUCUUUUGUUAAAAAUCACCUAUACAGUAAAGUUUUAGUAUUUAUUAGUUGUUGUAAAUUGGUGAGGUAUAUUCAUGAAGCAUUCAGAUUAUUACGACCUGGUCAAACAAUACUAGCUCUACAUGGUGGAAUGAAUCAAAUAAAGAGGAUGGAGAAUUAUGAUAAAUUUUGUCGGAAGAAACAUGCUGUAUUAUUUGCUACUGAUAUUGCUGCAAGAGGCUUAGAUAUACCUGCUGUUAAUUGGGUGGUACAAAUGGAUUGUCCUGAAGAUGUGAAUACUUAUAUACAUAGAGUUGGUAGAACUGCUAGAUUUGAGAAGAAUGGAGAAGCAUUAUUAAUAUUAUUACCAUCAGAAGAAGAAUCUAUGAUUAAACAAUUAACUGAUAGAAAAAUACCAAUUAACCAAAUCAGAGUAAAUCAACAGAAAAUAGUCAAUUUAAAAUGUAAAUUAGAAGCUAAUUGUGCGUCCUGUUUAGAACUCAAGGCUAUGGCACAAAGGGCAUUUAAAGCAUAUAUAAAGAAUGUAUUUUUAAUGAAAGAUAAAAGUAUUUUUGAUGUUAGUAAAUUAGACACUGAAUUAUAUGCUAGGUCAAUUGGAUUAGCAUUUCCACCCCGAAUACGAUUUUUACAAAAACACAACAAAAAG